AGUUCUGGUCGUAAUUAGACACUAAUUAGUAAAUUAGUUCGCGUUUUUUGGACGAAGCGGCCAUCUUGCCUGUCAAUGUAAACAAAUAUGGUGGCGGAGUAGGUGUACAUUUGUAAAAAUUCAAAAAAGAGGCUUAAAACUCGCAAAAAAUGGACACAAGCAUAGCACUGAUGGCAGACCAGCUCACGGUGAAGUUUGUUGACACUUUGGACAGAUACCCUUGUAACGAAGACAUCGAAUGUAAAUACACGUUUAACAACUAUAAAGUGCAAGACGGCGAUCGAAUCGCAAUAUUUAAGACGGGGUGGAAGUCCUUGAGGAACUACGUUUUGUUUGAGUGGGCUGUGGACUCGUCUGUGGCUGACGUGAACUCAGUUGUUUUCAGCAGGUACGACUUGCCAAAUAGUCCGAGUGAAACGGACGACUUGUACCAGUUUUGCUACAUAAGUGGCGAGAACGUGGUCCAAGGAAUCAGCACUCCAUUCCAGAUUUAUUCAUUUGAUUCGAAACAUACCGUAAAUCUGACGGAUUCCCUGAAAAAUGAGAACCAAUGCACGCAUUUAAAGCAGUUGCUAGCGCACAAAGACAAGGAAAUUUUGCGAUUAAAGGAGGAAAAUGCGAUUCUGAAAGAAUCCCUAAAAUCAAUGGUUGAUCAGCGCAAGUUCCAACGGAGCAAAAACUACGACGAUGAUAUUGAACAGUUGAAGGAGUUGACUAGUAAAUUGAAAAACGUUGUUUUGGGGCAACAGAAGGAAAUCGACGCUUUGAAAAGCGAAGUGAGGAAGGAUAAAGCCGAGCAAAAAAAUCUACUAUUGGAGAAGAAAUUGGCAGAGCGGAGGUUCGAGUCAGCGUGUGGUAAAAACGUCAAGAGAUUAAAUAUUGAUUUCGAUUUGGGGAGUUUACAGUCACUUCCCGCCUUCCCGUUUGACGAUCUUGACAAAAUGUGAACUGUGCGCUAAUGUUAACAUAGGUGUGUAAAUUGUAAAUAAACGUAACGAAACGGCACAAA